AUUCUCUGGCUUGAUGGUAGCCUCUAUUUUUCUAUAGUCUUUAAAUGUUAUAUUUGUCAGUACCCGCGAUCUACACAUGAAUGUCCAUAUAUACGAACACACAUUGAUUUCCUGCAACUUGAGGUACUGAUGUCGCAGUCUUUCGCAGUAAUUUGCUCUUUACGUAAUAUAUUCAAGUAAAAUGUGUAGGAAUCGAUAUAUGUAAUUUAUGUGCGCUUGCUCAAAUUUUUACAGCACCCAAGGAUAUUUAAAUAGAGGUUAUAUCCUACACGGAUGGAGUGUUACCACGGCAAUUCAAAAUGUGUAGUUGAAUAAAAAAUUGCAUGUUUGUACCUACAUCAGUGUUACUCUUUUCGUUUGUUAGUAAAAUGUUUACGAUUUAAUUUUUAUUUUUACGAUCAAAAAGUUUCAAGGUUAACGUUGCGACAACGCGGUUAACGCGGGUAGUGUAAGAAUUCGACAAUGCCCGCUGACGUCAUGCGGGUGACUACGGUUGCCAUCACAACUCGCGCUGUAUGAUAUCAGUUUCACUUGGAGGCGUGGCUUCUGUUUUAUGAUUUGCUGGAAUUACGAGAAUUAAAUUGGCAAGUAAUUUUUAACUCUGCUGUCUCAAGUAUGCCGUGGAUAUAGCGCAAUACCGGUCUUGUGCACCGAUUUGCAGAUAUAAAAUGACAGAUAUAAAUUAGCGGCAUUGCAUAGAACAACUGGUAAAAUGUUUAGUGGCUUCAAGACGCACGAGAAUAAGCAAGCGGUUAAUGAGAACGAACAGCAACAUGCAGAACCUGAGAUAUCUCAAGCAACUUCUCCGGGUCCUAAUGAAACUAUCCGCGCCAAGCAGAUGACUGUGUUAGAAGCCCAUGGCUAUACUCUCGGCAAGACACUUGGUCACGGAUCGUAUGCUACGGUAAAAGAAGCCUACUCGUCACGGCACAAAACGAGAGUCGCCAUCAAGGUCAUCAGUAAGAGAAAAUCUCCAUCGGACUUCAUUGACAAGUUUCUUCCACGUGAAAUCGAGGUAAUAAAGCUGCUCAAACACAGGUGCUUGGUGACGUUCUUGCAGUCAAUUGAGACCACUAACCGUGUGUACAUGAUAAUGGAAGUAUGCGACAAUGGAGACCUUCUAGACGUAAUCAAGACCGAAAAGUACAUUGCAGAACGGCAAGCGGGCUUCUGGUUUCAUCAGCUAAUAGACGGUUUGGUGUAUCUACACAGCAAAGGUAUCGUCCACCGUGAUCUCAAAUGCGAGAACCUGCUCCUCGACAAACGCAAUACAUUGAAGAUAACCGAUUAUGGGUUCGCGCGCUACGACGUGAAGUCUAGUGCGGAUGUUGCCACUGUGCUCAGUGAGACAUACUGCGGCAGUUACGCGUACGCUCCACCAGAAAUUUUGUGUGGAAUCCCGUAUGACCCGCAGAGAGCGGACAUUUGGAGUGCGGGCAUCGUCCUCUUUACGAUGGUCUUUGGUCGCCUGCCAUUUGAUGACUCGAAUCAUAAGACUUUGGUCAAACAAGUACAAGGGAAAAUAUUCUUCCCGUCCGAGCCGACGGUUCCUGGAGAUUGUAGAAACCUAAUAACUAUCGUCUUGUGCAAUGCGAGAGAGCGUGCCACCCUCAAUACUAUUCGGCAGGAUGAUUGGUACAAGAGAGUCCGACCUGAAAACAUCAUGAUUCGCGAGAGCAUCAAAGCACUAUCGACGCACGAAGCUAGCUAUACUCCACCUAGACCUCAUGUGAUACUCUAAAAUACUUUGCAAUUUUUAUUUUCACUGUCUCGUGCGAUGCUCUGGUGAAAUGGUGUUGAUAA